ACGGGAGUGAUCAUGAUCCAAAAACCCCGACAAAAAAAGCGGAUGUAGCAAUUAAAGGGGGUGAACUUUAUUUCUGUCGAUCCUUCACUCGCCGUCGGAGUGCAUACUUCAUAAGAAAAUAAUUACUGCAGUUCUCUAUUCAGCAGGGUUAUUCCCAAUAGACGACUUUUACAGCACCUUUACGCCAUGCUGGCCGCAACAACAAGACUCAUCGGUUCUCCYAACGUCAAACGACAACUCUUCCCGAUUGUCARCUCGUGUGAAAGAUGUUUCAGUUUUAGUUUUGCUGGACCAAAGAAACUCCACGAUAUACUCAAGAAAGAACUAGUUGCAGACAAAACCCGAAAUGAGAUAUCAGAAAUGUGGUAUACUUACCACGAGGGUAAGGUAUGUGAAUGCGAUAUUCAGGACUUCAAUCGAGGGAUGAUUCGCUUCGUACGGUGUAAACAAAUUGUUGCUGCUCUCUUAACGAAAACAAAAAUCACGUUGCUUUUCUCGAAAACAAAAUAGGAAAAUGUACACGGUCUUGUCUUGGGAGGAAAAGAAACUAAAUCCCUGUUAACAAGGGCUAAAUCAAGUCCAUUCUAUAUCCAGCCAAUCUUCCGUGACGACGGUCACUUCAUGUUGGUAUCACAAUUUUUUGAACCUUCUCACUUUAUAAUGGCAUACCUGGAGGACUACAAAAUGGAUCCCGUCGCGGCCCAGCCACUCAUAUCCUUCUCUAUUUUCGACGAUUAUGCAAAAGAUAAAGAUAUGACUUUAGUGAGAGCUGACAUUUUGAACAACGGCAUAGACGAAGGAGAAGGCUUGAAAGUGGUAAAAUCUAUGCUCGACAACUAUAAAGAUGACGAGGAAUACUUGAAUGUGAGAGUUUUUAACGUCAACCCUGAUUCUUUCAACCUCGACGAUUUUAUAGCGCAGAAAAGCAAAAGCUGGAACUCCGGUCCUAGCGACGAUAAUGUGAAUAUAUAACAGGCAGCAAUGGCCGGCAGUGAAUUUCYUUGUUUCAGAAAAAGAGGACACCAGAAAACGAGUAGAAAUGGAGAGAUCUCGUGAUGCGUUCAUUAUCAUGCAUCCGACUGACUGUUUUGGAGAAAAGUCAACGUGGAUAUUGACCAAUCCGAACUUUUGAUCGUAUACAAUGAUCUAGAAUAUCGUGAUGGACGUAUCUCUUCCCGUGCUGUUUGAACUAGGUAAAGAACUUCAUCGCAUACGUCAUUAAAAAAAACAAGCAUCGUGGCCAUGCCCGUGGAAACAAGCUAUUGAAAUGAUAAGUCACAUCUUCUUUAAAGCACAAUAUUUGGUAAUUCCAGCUCGCACUGCGCUAGAUAAUGU